AUGAAUUAUAACCUACACGAAGCCAUGUUUCGGCAGCGAACUCCGCGAAAGGGAGUAGGCAUAGCAUAAGGGAAAGAGAACUGGUAUAUGACACUCAAAUAGCUUAGGGAGACACCAUGUCUGCACCUUUGCUGAUUACACCUCUCAAAGACAUUUGUGUGAAGGUUGUGGCAGCGAACUUUGAGGGAUGCCCCACCUUUGGACCGCUGCCAGAUAAAUAUGUCAAGCGUAUUAUCGACAUCUUGCCUUUGGACCUGCCUCUGGAGCUUGUUGGCACGCUCAUUUCGGACGAGGACUACUGGAGGCGUAGAUCGCAGGCUAGAUGGAAGAACUGCGAGGUAGCCGCUCAUGGCUAUUCGUGGAAGCAACUCUUCUUUGAGAGGAAUUUGCAGGAGUUCCUGGAGCAAUACGAUCCGGCGGUAACGGACCUGAGCAGUCUCAAGCGGCUGCUGACGUACUCGCGGCGGUUCGUACAAACGGUACACAUCCGGCAGCUGCCGUCGCAUCUGGAUUUGCAAAUCCUCUUUGACUGCAUGGUCAACACGCCCUCCUCCCUGGCCAUCUCCUACAACCUGAAGGAGGUGGGCAUGGACUACGACCGGUCGCUGUUUGGCAUGAAGCUGUCGGACUGCCGCUCGCUGGCCAAGGCGCUGGAGCAUUCGGAGACGCUCACCUACCUGGAUCUCUCCAACAACUCCCUGGAUGACGACAAGGCAGGAACUCCGGGAUGGGGGGGGAGUGUUCGCAUGCUGGCCUCGGGGCUUGUAGAAAACCUGUCUAUUACGCACCUCAACCUCUCCCACAACAAGAUCGCCGAUCGCGGCGUGCGCGCGCUGGCCAAGCUGCUUGACGGCCACUCCGUCAUCAGCCUUCUGGAGCUGCAUGACAAUCAGAUUCAUACCGAGGGCGCCAAAUCGCUCGCACGUGCUUUCAAGAACAACCGGUGUCUGCUGUCCGUGAACUUGCGACUCAACCGCAUGGGCGACGAGGGCUGCAAGGCGGUGGUGGAGAGCGUGCGCACCGCACCCACCCUGGAGCGAUUAAACAUCAGUGCCAACGCGGCGGGACCCGGUACGGCUGCGGCGGUGGUGGCGCUGUUGCGUCUCAACAACACUGUCACGGAACUGGAUCUGUCGUGCAACCACUACGGCGAGGAGCCGUGCAGCGCCGUGCGGAGGGCGCUAGAGCAGAAUGCGUCCGUACGGUUAUUGGACAUGCGCAUGACGGGCAUCAACCCUGACGACGAGCUGGCCAUUACCGAGAACCUGCGCGCGCGACAAGAGCGAGUGGACAAGGCCAAAGUGCUGGGCAAAUAGAGUGCUGGAUGUAUGGCUUACUGGCUGGCCGGGUGGAUGGCUGACAGCCUCCUGCUUGGCCUUCUUUCACAGCGCGCUGCUGCUGCUGCUGCUGCUGCUACUGCUGCUGCUCUUACGGUGGCUGUGUCGACUGCGUUUCAGCUGCAGCUGCAGCUGCUUGGAGAUGAGGUGGAUGCUGGACCAGGCGGUGGGCUGCCCCACCUUGCUGCUGAAACGCGCGGGUGGAGGGACUCAGCGCUCCGUGUACAACACCGUUCCGGGCUCGGUAUGCGCCGAUCAGCCAUGGUUUGGCUCGGUUUGUGUCGAUCCGCAAUGGUGGUGUUUCCGUAUCGGCCAUACUGCAGAACGGCUAAGGGUAUGCCGUCGCAGUCCGAAGCCUGCGGCUGGUCCUGAUCUGCCUUGACGACGACAAAACAGGAUCAGCCGCACACGCGAUGUGCAUGCUUGGGAAUUUGGAUGGGCAUAUGCAUUGACGUGGGCCAAGAAUGCUUUUGCACUGGUGCUGAAGCAGCCGUACUAAGCGCGACAGUCGUUGUGUUUACGGAGGAGCAUGCAGCAGCGGCAUUUGCGGGCCAGGCAGAUGCAUGCCCAUGGGCAUAUGGUCCCGAUGUGCUCGGGCAAUGUGUCGGAUGCAUUAGUCGCCUCGUCAGCAGCAGCGCAUAUAACUGUAUUGUAGCCUUCUUUGAGAGACACGUCUCCUGUUGCAUCGCGGCGUCUUCCUCUACUUGGACUGCGAAAUCCGCUGUGACAGUGAAAGUGCUG